AUGCGGAGAAAAUUCUAUUUUGAUACAAGCUUGCCGCCAGAAGCGGUCAAAAAGAUAAUCAUCCAGGGGUUGGGAACAAGGAGGAAACAUAAAUACAAACUAAAGCGUUCGCUGAACAUCCAGCCGGGUGAGACUGCUCAAAGUCUCAUUGCGUCAGUAGCGCCCGCAUCCAUGGAAGAUCCUGAGGAGUUCGAAACUAUGGCUAAAUAUUGGACAGAUCCCAAAGUCCAGGCCAAAGCCUUGAAAAAUAAGGAAAGCCAGGGCAAACAGACAUUAGUCCACGCUUGUGGGUCAAAGAGCUUAGCCAGGAGUGCAUUCAAGGAUGGAGGGGUCCCAAGAGGCGAGCUAUUCAUAAAAACUCACAAGCACAAGGAUGGUACCCCAGUUUCUAUAGAGGCCGCGGCCAAAAUUUCGCAGAUGGAAGAGUUGAUGGCACAACAAUUGCAAUCAACUCGAGGGUCCACACAGGGGACAAUUUCUUGGGAUCCAAAUGAUGUAUACUCCAAAGUUUUUGGCAAGGAAAAGCCUGGUCAUGUACGUGGUCUGGGAAAAGGUAUUCCACCUAAGUCAUCGGCAUGGACUUCGUCAUUGAUGCCAAAAGGUACCUGCAAUGAUCCUGCACAUUCGAAUUUUGAUGCAUUUAGAAAAGAAGUGGCCAUGGAUUUUGAGAAGGUAUUUCAGCAGUUGAAUGCGGCUGGCUUGUCGCAGAAUGGAGGUGCGUCGAAUGUUAACUUUGAUGGGGAUAAAGAUUCGGACCAUGAUGAUGAAGAAGAUGAUGAUGAGACGCAAGGUUAA